AUGCGGUUCAAGAUCUCUGCCCUUACUGCCCUCUUGGCAGCCUCCACCCCGGUGUAUGCCCAGGACAUUAGCGGCACUGACGUUAUACAAAAGCUUGACUUCCUUACGGAGAGUGCCAGAAACCUGAGCAGUGUCCUCCUGAACACUCAGGACCCUGUUAAAAUAGGCCAGGCUAUUCUUAGCAGCACAAAGGAUCUCGUCGCUGAGAUUCCCCAUCACUCCACUCUUGAAGGACUAGGCCACAUUCUUUUCGACGAUGCAGAUCAAAGCGUGAUUUGCAACACCUUACGUACGUUCCAUCCAGUUAACAUGGCUUUUAUCCAUAUCCUCGUUAGGAAAAUGGAGCUUCUCCGGGAACUCCCUAGGCCUGAGUAG